UUGCCCUAUCGAUGUCCAUUUGUGAUCAUUUAUGAAGAGCAAGAUUUAUAUUUUAUUCGAUUCAAAAUGACAGCUAAUCAAACUGUCAAAAAAAAGUCAUAUUUGAAUUCUCGAAAUGGCAAAAUCGAUAAAAAAGUUGGAUGAGAGGAUGCCCUCGAAUAUAAAUCAACUUAUUGAUGCAGAUCCCGAUUUUUAUAGAGGAACUGGUUCGUUCAAUUUUCCAAACGGUGACAGAUAUGAAGGAGAAUAUGUUGCUCAUAGGAAGGGUCUCGUUUGGAGAGAAGGAGAAGGAAUAUAUUAUACACAAGAUGGGCAGUCUUAUAAAGGAAAAUGGUAUAAUGACAAGUUAAUAUCGGCAGAAGAGGCGGAGAUUAAUUUUCCAAAUGGUGCUAGAUAUAUAGGACACAUAGAUAACGGUCAAUAUGUGGGAUCUGCCAUGUACACCGUGGAUGAAGGACUUCAUAUUUUGGCAGAGUUCGCUGGUAAUAAGCCAGUUGGACCUAUAACAUUAUUAGAUAUCAAAGGACGCGAGUGGAGUGCCACUGCUGGAGAGAAUGGUGCACUUCUUCUUCCUGAACAUGUAUUUUUUAAUAAUAUAGCUCCAAGAUUAGGUAAAGGUAAAUUGAAAAUUCGAACAAUAGAAGCAAGUACAGAGAAAAUAAUACCUAAAGUUAAACGCCAUAAAAUUAGUUUACAAACAUUGGAAGCUAAAAUCUUUGCAAAAUCUAAGAAAACCAUGUCAGAUUUGAAAUUUGAGGAUUCUUCAUGGUAUCAAAAUUAUGUGAAGUUUAAAACAAGGUAUGACGAAGUCAAGGAGAAAAUUACAAUGAUAGGGGAACAUUCACUGUGCCAAGAAGAUCGGGAAUGGAUCGAAAAAUUCCGUGAGUUUAAAGAAAAAUAUACAAAAAUAAUGGAAAAUAGAGCUACAGCUAAAAAUAAAAAUAUUUGGGAAUACGAACUAUUUGAAUUAUACAAUAGUGAGAAGUACAUGCAAGGUAAUUCUCCGGUAUCCGUCUUUUAUCCAACAGAAACACCUGGAGAAGGAGAAGAAUGCGACUUUGACGACGCCUACAAAUACAGUGUCAAAUUUUAAAUAAAAAUUUGUGUAUAAAUUUUA